UCCAAGAGUAAGCUAGCAGUGUUUUACGUAUUUAAUCAGAAACACUUCCCAGUUUAGACGUCUUACUAACAAGGCGUCUUAUCGUUCAAAAAAUAGCUGCUCAUCAGAAACUUAACUUGUCUCUACAUAACUUUUCAAGAUAGAUAUUUAUUUUCUGAAAUGUGCUAAGGGUGUCGUGCUAUUCCAGACUUCGAGAUAGUUAUAGCUGAGAAAAAUUUCAACAGAAGAGUUAUUAGAUUGAACCUAAGAACAAAAUACUGUUCCAAAUAAAAGUAUGUUCUGCGCUUACAAAGUAUUUAUCCAGAUAGGAAACAAUAUCUAAAACUCAAAGUUGCCAAACUAGAAGAGUGUUGUAUCCAACGCGCUAGGAUGACUAUUAACUUUGUUCGUCCGACUAUUCCCGAAAUCACAUGGUUCAAGAAACAAACUACUUGAACAGUGAAACUGGGACUCAACCUUGACGAUAGUUUUAUUUAUGGCGUCUGGGAACGGUCAACGACAACUUGUAGAGCCGACGACGUGAAGAGAUCGCCAAUGCUAUUUGGGCUAUGGAUUCUCAACUAUCCAAGCCACGGCCUACUAAGCUUCACAUAAGGAAGUUAUUCACCCGACGCGAUGCGUUGCAACCUACUUAUAUAAGUAGAGGAAUUUCUGUUUCUUCUGUAUACACAUUUGAAGAAGAUAGUCGUGAAGUUCUUUAUCCGACUUUGGUGACUACUGUAACAACUCAAGCUUUUCUAGUUCGCUGGAAUGGCAAUCAAGUCCUUGUUCCCGUUGCUUGUUUUGCUGAACAAAAUGAUGUAAUUUCUUCUGUUUGUGUAUCUCACUCAGGUUCAAAGGUUGCUGUUGCAUACAGAAGCAGUCUUGUUGCCUUAUAUUCUGUCCCAAAUGAAUUCCGCAGGUCUAGUUUGGAGUCGAGAACUUCCUUGUUGGACCAACUGCCUGUUAUUCGACAAGAACGUUCUUGGAAACCUAUAGCUGGAAACAUCAUUGUACAGCUCGCCUUUGAUUUCAGUGACACUUUCCUCGUCACGGCAACCACUGAUGGAAAAGUUAAGAUAUGGGAUGUUGAAGAAGGGCAUAUCACUCACAGUUUGAAAACAGGAGCAGCAAUCACGAAGACAGCUUUUCAUCCUAGAGUUGGCCAAUUAGAGCUCUUUUUAUCUUUAGAUGAUGGUCGCUUAUUGGUUUAUGAUUUGCCCACUCGAAACUUUUCGAAAACCUUUCAGUGCAAUCAGGGUGCUAUUGUUUCUUUUGAUUUUCUUUCCAAUGGGAACUUUGUCGUAUUUAGUGUUUAUGACAAUACGCUUCAUUUGUUUCGGACCACUGAUAUGACAGCUAUGAAACAUAUUUCUGUCGAUAAUAGCAUCACCACAAUAACUGCACUACCUAUCAUGAAUGAGCAAACGGAUUUCCAGAUAUUUACAACGAGUAGCAUAUCAGGACGUUUGACCUUUUGGAGGUUUUCUAUGCAAGAGCAACCUAAAAUUUACAAGUCAAAGGAGCUACUGUUGAGUGAGUUGUAUGGCGCAGUAGAAUCCAUUUAUGUUUCGCUAUCAUCUCAAGUUUAUCUUUUUGUGGGAAUGGAAAAUGAUAUGCUACAUGUUGUGGAUACCACAAAAAUGGAAAUUACAACAUCUGUCGUUGGAAAUUUGGAUGAAGUUUAUGAUAUCUGCUUCUUAUCAGAAAGCAAACGAAUUGCUGUAGCUAGCAAUAGUGAAGAUGUUUAUAUAUUUGAUGGCAAUCUAGACUAUAAGUCAAUUGUUCUCACAGGGCAUACAGAGAGUGUUCUUUCUCUGGACUAUGAUCCUUUAACCCAAGUACUUGUUACUGCUUCUAGAGAUAAAACUUGUAGAUUAUACAAGUUGAACGACUUGGAUGCUCUUUUUGAGUCGGACAAAUUAGAAACAUUGGGAUGUUUUGCCAUCGCUUUAGGCCAUGACGGACCGAUUGGGGCCGUAAGUAUAGCUCGUACGAAUCACACAGAUAGUUUCAUUGUUAGUGGUGCAGCUGAUCAUACCUUAAAAUUGUGGAAAUUCAAUACCAAUUGGAAUGGCGAGAUAAGACAACUUAGUGCUAGUUGGACUGUUUCAGCGCAUCAAAAGGAUAUCAAUUGUGUGGCCAUAUCUCCAGAUUUUGAUAUAAUUGUGUCAACUUCUCAAGAUAAAACAGCGAGAAUGUGGUCUAGUAGAGACGGUAAACCAAUAGCCACUUGUAUAGGACACAAACGAGGAGUUUGGCAUGUUAGUUUUUCUCCUGUGGAUCGUAUUUUCGCCACGAGUUCUGGAGACUGUACAAUUCGCAUAUGGAGUGCUAGAGAUGGUGCAUGUCUACAACUUUUGGAAGGUUCUUCAAGUUCUUUAUUACGAGUCUUGUUUCUUCAAGCAGGGUCAGAGUUGGCUUCUGGGGGUUCUGAUGGCUUACUGAAGAUUUGGAAUGUAAAAAGUGGUGAAUGCAUAAGUACUAUGGAGGCUCAUGAUGAUAGAUUAUGGUGUUUGACCUGCAUCUUGGAUGGUGAACUCAUUGCCAGUGGAGGUGCAGAUGGUAGAAUACUAUUUUGGAAGGAUAUUACGCUGGAAAAGGAAAUGGAAGAAAUGGAAUCCAAAAAGGAUUGGAUUUUGAAACAACAAGACUUAGAAAACGCCAUGAAAAGAAAGGAAUGGCAGACGGUGUUUUCAAUGUCCUUUAGAGUUAGAUCAGCCAUCUAAGCUGAUGGAGGUAUUUAUUGUUUCU